AUGGGCUUCGGAACAAGAGAAAGAGUACGAUCUAUAUCGGCUGGUCUUAUGGUUCUACGAGCAUUGACAUCACUUUAGCCACCUAGAAAACGCUAUGUCUGGGUGUGGCAUUGCUGUAGUUGUGGUCAACCAAACAUCAACAUCAGCAUUGAAAUGUGCCCCGGAUGCCGAGCACUUAGGUGUCCUUAUUGCAGCACACAGAAGGUCCAAGUACGCGGUCAAAUGGACCCCCAUUAUGCCGGUAGCGAUGGAGAAACUUCAGACAAUCCCAUCAAUCCUACGAGACGAGUCACGAAUGGCCUCGACAACAGCCCACUGCCAAUCCCAGCUAGUUCCAUUGGACCUCUUCACGACCCGCAUAGCCCAGUUAUCAACGGAGCGCAGCUUGUCCGGUCCGCGUCGGAGCACUCCACUUAAGAUACAGACAUCAACUUCGAAGACGGAAUACCAGAUGACAGGCCUCAAGUGUCAUCUGAAGGAUGGAAAAAGACACACAACAACAUUCCGUCGCCUGCAUCUGCACUCAAUUGCAGGCCGUCUGGUUCAGCACAGUUGUCAGGGGUGGUGUAAGCGUAACCACGACUAGCCUAGCUUUAAUGCACAUCUGCUGUAAUCUUCUGCCGAUUCGUUCAGGGACGACGUGCUCUGACCAAGAUCAUAAUUCCUGCG